UGAAACAGGGGCUUUAACUUACGAGACGGUAAUUUCUUUCUUUUUCAAUUCCCCUCAGAAAAAAUGGGUAAACCUCGUGGAAUUAGAACAGCUCGUAAGCUCAAGACACACAGACGUGAUCAACGAUGGGCCGAUAAGGAUUACAAAAAGGCUCAUUUGGGAACUCGCUGGAAGGCAAAUCCAUUCGCUGGUGCAUCUCAUGCCAAAGGAAUCGUUCUUGAAAAAGUCGGUGUUGAAGCCAAACAGCCAAACUCUGCUAUUCGCAAAUGCGUCCGUGUACAGUUAAUCAAGAAUGGAAAGAAAAUCACUGCAUUCGUACCCCGUGAUGGUUGCUUAAACUACAUUGAAGAAAACGAUGAAGUUUUGGUUGCUGGUUUCGGUCGUAAAGGUCAUGCCGUUGGUGACAUUCCCGGUGUUAGAUUUAAGGUUGUUAAGGUUGCAAACGUUUCACUCCUUGCACUUUACAAAGAAAAGAAGGAACGACCAAGAUCAUAAGCUGUAAUAUGCUGGAUAUUUCAAUGAUUAUAUUGAAUUUCUAAUAAAGCUACAUAAAAUCCAAUGCUUUUGGUUUAUUAAAGAAAUACUUUAUUUUAUUUUUCUUAACUUUUCAGCAUUCGCUUUGAUUUGAAUCAGUAUAAAAGUACAGCAAUAAGCACAUACAACCUUAAUUUUUGAGGUAACUGGAUCACUUCCAGAAAUUUGGAUUUUGUUCAAGUCUUCUUUGGAAGUUUUGGAACCAGGUAGCGAGCGUUGAUAACGGUACGUAUGUUUCGGCUGGAUUUGGUGUCAUUUGUGCCUGAUUUAUUGUAAAGGAACUAGCAUAAUUGAAGAGAUUCUCUAACAUGCGCUUGCCAAACUCGAAAUACGUUGUAACUUCAUUUGUUGCAGCCAUUGUUGACUGUUGUGCUAUAGACAUCUCUGGCUCAAUAGAUAUGCCUAUUUGAGCAUCAUGGGAUAUAGCACCUUCUCCAAACUGCAUCACUGUCUCUUGUGUCUCAAGUUCAUGUAACUUUUUUAACUGUGAAAUCUUAAAAAUAGCUGAUGGUUUUGCAUUGCUUAUGUAGCCUAAAUAUUGCCAUUUUGAAGGAUUUAUUGGAUCUGGCCAACUCCAAUAAACUGCUGCUGCUGAUCCAGCUGGCAAUGGAAUACUUCCAGUGAGAAAAGUGACUAUGUAAUUAAUGUUGUCAGCAUCCGAAAUGUUAAUUAAGAAUUUCGUGCUAUCAAUUUGUUGAAAGUCUGUUUGAACUAGUCGUCCACUUAUAAUCAAGCCAAAGCAUGAAGCCAUGCUCACUAAUAUGUGACUAUUUAAUGUAAUUAAGCUAAAUUUGGAGUACUUUUGAAAUGUUAUUUACUCUUUUUUUCGCGAAAACAACAGAAAAGCCUAGAAGAUGGAAUUAAAG